GGCGGUGGCCCUUCCUUCGCCGCUGCUGUCUUAGCGGGUCUGCGCCCUCCCUCGCUCGUCCACUGUUGUCCGCUUCUCGCCUGCGAGGCCCUGAACCUUAUCCCCCUCCUCAUAUCCGGAUCCGGGCUCCUCCCCUAGAACCGCCCAUCCGGCCGCCUCCCCGACUGCUCCAGUCUGACCCCUUACCCCGGACUUGCCGAUCGGCCCUUAAUGUCGCAGCCUCUCUCCCCAAACUCCGCGCCGACUCCGUGACCCCUUAACGCCAGGAGCCAGGCCACCCCCCCACCUCCCCCACGGUGGCAUUUAUUUCCUUCUCGGUCGGUCGUGCAGGUCGUCUUCUCCCCGCGCCUCAGACUCCCCGCUUUUACCCACGCGGAUCUGGGCGCCCGGCCCCGUGGCACCGCCCCGAGGCCGCUUUGCUUCGCUCCCGGGGCUUAGCUCUGAGGGGCGCCUCCCGCCUUCCGUCCAUAGGUCCCCCCCGCCUGCCAAGAGAUGGCUCCGCGGCGGCCCCUGAGCGGCCUGCUCCCAGCCCUGCUCGGGGGUCUCAGCCUCUUCCUCAGCCUUCCAGGACCCGUGCGGCCUCAGCCGCCCGCGCCUCCCCAGGCUUCUCCCCCGCCCGAGCCCCACCCCUGCCACACCUGUCGGGGACUGGUCAACAGCUUCAACCAGGGCCUGGAAAGAACCAUCCGGGACAACUUCGGAGGAGGAAACACAGCCUGGGAAGAAGAGAAGUUGUCCAAAUACAAAGACAGUGAGACCCGUCUGGUGGAGGUGCUGGAGACUGCGUGCAGCAAGUCGGACUUCGCGUGCCACCGCCUGCUGGAGCUGAGUGAGGAGCUGGUGGAGGCCUGGUGGUUUCAUGAGCAGCAGGAAGCCCCUGACCUUUUCCAGUGGCUCUGCUCAGAGUCUCUGAAGCUCUGCUGCCCCUCCGGCACGUUCGGGCCCUCCUGCCUUGCUUGCCCCGGAGGUGCAGAGAAGCCCUGCGGUGGACACGGGCAGUGUGAAGGAGAGGGGACCCGAGGGGGCAGUGGCCGCUGCAGCUGUCAAGCUGGCUAUGGGGGCGAGGCCUGUAGCCAGUGUGGCCUUGGCUAUUUCGAGGCCGAGCGCAACGCCAGCCAUCUGGUAUGUUCGGCUUGUUUUGGCCCAUGUGCCCGCUGCUCAGGACCUGAGGAAUCCAACUGCUUGCAGUGCAGGACGGGCUGGGCGCUGCACCACCUCAAGUGUGUUGACAUCGACGAGUGUGGCACAGAGCGUGCUAGCUGUGGUGCUGACCAGUUCUGCGUGAACACAGAGGGCUCCUAUGAGUGCCGAGACUGUGCCAAGGCCUGCCUGGGUUGCAUGGGGGCAGGCCCCGGCCGCUGUAAGAAGUGUAGCCCUGGCUACCAGCAGGUGGGCUCCAAGUGUCUUGACGUGGACGAGUGUGAGACAGAGGUGUGUCCAGGAGCCAACGAGCAGUGUGAGAACACGGAGGGCGGCUACCGCUGUGUCUGUGCCGAGGGCUAUGUGCAGAUGGAGGGCAUAUGUGUGAAGGAGCAGGUCCCAGAGUCAGCAGGCUUCUUCUCAGAGAUGACGGAGGAUGAGCUGGUGGUGCUGCAGCAGAUGUUCUUUGGUGUCAUCAUCUGUGCACUGGCCACGCUGGCUGCCAAGGGCGACUUGGUCUUCACUGCCAUCUUCAUCGGGGCUGUGGCAGCCAUGACUGGCUACUGGCUAUCCGAGCGCAGUGACCGAGUGCUGGAGGGCUUCAUCAAGGGCAGAUAAUCCCUACAUGGACCCUGGAGGUUGACUGGUUAUCUUGAGAGCCGGAUUGGAAUCCUCUGCCCACCUUAAGGAAAACAGCCCAGGCACCUGGGCCCAGGAGGGACACCCCUGCCAUGAGUUUCAGACGGCAGAGCUGGGCAGGCUUCACUGUGUGUGUAACUUUUAUAAAGGUUUCUGGUGGCUGCUAAUAAGCUUUAGCCCCUGCCUGGGAUGGAUGGUGUGUGUGUGGGGUGGUCCCUGCAGGGCUGGGGCCCCUGCAGCCCCUCCUGCCAGCUGCAUGCUGCCGGCUCGUCCCCUGCCCCUCAGCCACUUAUUUAUUCAUCUCAGGAAAUAAAGAACGUUCUUGCAAAAUGGA